CUAGGUAACGCGAAAGGAGGUGCAAUCUAGAUGCCCUCUCUCCAAGGAGAUGCGCUUCUUCCAGACUGUUGCGCCAACAAGUGUCAUGAAUACAGACAGUAUCGGCCAAUAUUCGCGAGGUUUCCCUAUAGAGAACCGUCUCUGCGUUAUGGACACCAUUGCCACUCUUGCUGUGUUUAUAAUUAGAACCCCCAAUAAAAUCAAAACCAAAAUUUUAAAAAAUUACUUACUCCGCCAGCAAGUUCGCA